AUGAAGAUCAAGCGCAUUUUCAUCUAUCCCGUCAAAUCACUACGACCCGUCGAGGUCAACGCCGCAGAAAUCACAAACGAGGGUCUACGCUUCGAUCGACAAUAUGUCUUGGCCAAGCCUCCCACCGAGGAAACCAACGGCCUCGCCGAACACAUUACCAUCAAGAAUCAUUUCGAACUCGGACUCUUCCAUACCAUGAUCGAUCAAUCCUGGGCCAAAUUGACCAUUACACAUGUCCACGCAGAAGAGAGAGCCGCCGUGACGGUUCCCCUAACCCCUUCUCCCGUGAGUUUAUUCAACGCCGACGUUUUCCACGUCAGUAUCUUCGGCACCAAAGCCCAAGGCAUCGACAUGGGCACCGAAGCAUCCGAGUACUUCUCGCAUCAUCUGGGCAAACCCGUUCGACUCCUCUAUAUUGGCGGCAACGGUCAACGAGAAAUUCCCGGCGCAGUGUUUAUGCCCAAGCACAAAUAUCGCGCGUUGUCGAUUGCCGUCAACGACAAAUUACAGCCCCAACGAGUCCGUUUUGCAGAUGCCGCGCCUCUGUUGAUUACAUCGAGUGCCUCUGAAGAGGAUGCACGUCAGCGACUACCUCCUUCUGCGCGAGGGGAAGAUUUGAUUGUGCGAUUUCGACCCAAUAUACACGUUGAUGUGGGUGGCGAAGUCGAGCCCUAUGACGAGGAUAGAUGGGAUUUGUUGACGAUACGAUCUAAAAUGGACUCUGCACAAGAGGUCUCGGUGCGGUGUUUGUUCCGAACAGUGAGAUGUUUGAGUCUCAAUGCAGACUUGGCCAAGGGAAGCAUGAUUACCACGAAUCGUCAACUUUACGGUUUACUUGCCAAGGAUCGGAGAGUGAAUGAGUUAUUUCCACACAAGCCCGUAUUUGGCCAAUAUGCAUGUGCAGGCCCCAGCGGAGCAGUCUUGCGAGUGGGAGACCACGUUGAAGUCUCCGGCCGCGUAGACCACCCCAUUUCACCAAUGAGUGCCGGCUCUCCCAUUACUCCGAUUACGCAGGAUGGCAAUAACCAUGAAGAUACUUGA